AUGGCAUCUACAACGACAAAUUCUCCUGCGAUGGCAGACCCUCACCAACCGCCAUACUCGACCACUGAGGGCAGCAGCUACAAUAACAGCGAGUCUACCCCGCGCACACUGACCAGCAAUGCCAACAGGGAUAAUGGCCAGCUACCGGUCGGAGUUGACGAGGAUGAAGAUGACUAUCUCGACGAUAUCUUUGAGGACGACGAGGAUGCCGACGAAUACGAUGCCACGACCGGCGACCUGACCAAAACCUACAACCGGCAGCGUCAACUCAACGAUGGACAAUCUUCGGGCGUGCCCAGAUCUAAUGCCCAGAAGCCCUCCGCCAACACAUUCGCGAGCGUCGAUGAUCAAAUAUCGGCUCUCUCUCGCCAUGCCGCCAAGUUGCGACUCGACGAUGUCAAGCAAACCCAGACUCGCGAGAAAGACAAGUCAGACCGUGCCACCAGCGAGUUGGUGCUUGACCAACGGACCCGAAUGAUUCUUUUACAACUCAUCAACCAGGGCUUUGUGGCUGAGGUGCACGGCGCUAUCAGCACAGGCAAAGAAGCAAACGUCUAUGGCGCUGUUUCAUACCCUGAGGGUGGUGACGGUGUCGCAGUACAGAGGGCAAUCAAGAUCUACAAGACCGCCAUCUUGGUUUUCAAGGACCGUGAGCGGUAUAUUGCAGGCGAGCAUCGCUUCAAGUCUGGAGCUGAGAAGGGAAACAACCGCAAGAUGGUCAAGUUGUGGGCCGAGAAGGAGUUCCGCAACUUGAGGCGCAUAUACACCGCCGGAAUUCCCUGUCCCGAACCGAUAAAGUUGAAGCUUCAUGUCCUUGUCAUGAGCUUCCUCGGCGAUCGCAAAGGUUGGGCAUACCCCCGCCUUCGUGACGCCAACAUCCAAGGAGAAGAUUCAGACAAGCAGUGGCGGGAUCUCUACAUACAACUCCUUGGGCUCAUGCGCCGAAUGUAUCAAGUGUGCAGGCUGGUUCAUGCCGAUUUGAGCGAGUACAACAUUUUGUACAACGAUGGAAAGCUGUAUAUCAUUGACGUCUCCCAGAGUGUGGAGCACGAUCACCCGCGCUCUCUUGAGUUCUUGAGGAUGGAUAUCAAGAAUAUGGGAGAUUUCUUCCGUCGCAAGGGUGUCGAUACGCUCCCUGACAGGACAAUCUUCAACUUCAUCACGGCAUCCGAGGGAGCUGUUGAGGAGCCUGGAAUGUCUCAAGCUGUGGAUCACCUCUACGAGAUUCGGCCGACUGUUGGUGACUCGGAUCAGGCAAUCGCCGAGCUCGAGGUCGACAACGAGGUCUUCAGAAACCAGUAUAUCCCGCAAACACUAGAGCAGGUUUAUGAUAUCGAGAAAGACGCUCUGAAGCUUGGUCAAGGCCAAGGCGAUGACCUUGUCUACCGCAAUCUUCUUGCCGACACUGUCGUCAACAAGAAUGACGAUGGCGCAGAGGAAGACGAGAGUGCCUCGGGAUCUGACGGAGGUGCGUCAGUUGACAGCGAGGACGACAGCGAGGAGGACGAGAGUCGGUUUGAAAAGGGUAAACCUCGUGGAAAGAGGUUUGAGGACAAGGACGAGAAAAAGGAACACAAGCAAGCUGUCAAAGAGGCGAAGAGGGAGAAACGUAAGGAGAAGAUGCCCAAACACCUCAAGAAAAAGCUUGUCAACAGCUCCACCCGAAAGAAGAAAUGA